CUGUGGAGUAACUUGGCUAUUAUGUGUUCUUAUCAUUGUUAGAGAUGUAGUUUAUUGUUAGAGAUGUAGUUUACCGCAUUAUUGUUUAACUAAGCAGUGACAGUUCUUGUGUUUGUUUCCUUGGAACAUCAACGAUGAGUUAGAUUUUAAUGUUAUUAGUCUGGAGAUCGACUUUGCAAUGUUGCCGAUGGAAGACGUAUACAUUUCGUGUGUCAUUUUUAUACUAUUGGUAUUGCUACCAAACCAGAAAGUCUCUUCCUCAGUUCAUAAAAUUGAAUUUCAAGAAAAUUUCAAAACAGACAACUUUGACAUCCCUGAGACUAUUGACAAUGAAAGCAACUCUGACAGUAACACAUUUAGAGAACAUCUCCCAAGAAAUAGUGAUUUCCACUCGAAACAAAUCCCAAUGUCAAAACAAGGGGGAAUUUUUCAUAAAAGAAUACAUACUAUUAUUCAUGAAACAAGUCUCCAGAAAAUGUCAGUAAAUUGUGACACAAAUAUAGAUGUAUGCGGGGAGUGCGGUGGAGUUAGCCGUGUUGACCACUGCAACGUAUGUGGAGGAGACAACCGCUGUGUCAGCUGCAACAGUACACCCGGCACCAAGCGUGAUGCAUGUGGCAGCUGUUCUGUGCCCGAGGGUAGCUCCUGGAAUGACUGCCGAGCUAUAGUCUCUGUGUAUCCGCUGGUGCUGGACAAGGCUGCAGGGACUGAAGUAGAGCUGGCAGUAGAGCUGACUUCAGCUGCUGCUGGAUAUCAAGACAUUAUGUGCACCAUCAGUCAGGAGACUCCAUCCCUUGUCCUUGUAAGUUCAGUUGUUCCUUUUUUUAUUUUUUUUAUGAAUGACAGGCACCAUGUAUGUAGAGCUGGCAGUAGAGCUGACUUCAGCUGCUGCUGGAUAUCAAGACAUUAUGUGCACCAUGAGUCAGGAGACUCCAUCCCUUGUCCUUGUAAGUUCAGUUGUUCCUUUUUUUAUUUUUUUAUGAAUGACAGGCACCAUGAAUGUAGAGCUGGCAGUAGAGCUGACUUCAGCUGCUGCUGGAUAUCAAGACAUUAUGUGCACCAUCAGUCAGGAGACUCCAUCCCUUGUCCUUGUAAGUUCAGUUGUUCCUUUUUUUUAAUUUUUUUUAUGAAUGACAGGCACCAUGAAUGUAGAGCUGGCAGUAGAGCUGACUUCAGCUGCUGCUGGAUAUCAAGACAUCAUGUGCACCAUCAGUCAGGAGACUCCAUCCCUUGUCAUUUCGUUCUUAUUUCAUAUUUAUCAUGAUGUACAAUGUACAAGGAAUAGUGUGACACAUGAAAAUUUUAGUAUUAUACAUAUUUAUACAUGAAUUCUGUUUAGUAAUUUACAUACACUUCAAUAAGCUAUUUAGAAACUGAAAUUAAGUUAGAAAGACCGAAUC